AUUUUCCUUUCCCCUUGGCAUUCGGCUCCACUGCUUCUCCGGCGAAUUGGAUCGGCGAUCCAUCGUCGUCGGAUCGCAACUCCUGACUAGCUUGUUGCUGCAGGAUCGUUAUCCGCCGCGCCUGCUGCUUGGGUUUGUUUUCCCUGCCCACGGAAAUGGGGAUGGAGAUAGACAUGGAGACGUAUCCCAAUCUUAAUACUUCCCCCUCGGCCGCCACUGCCUCAGGCGACGCCAAGGCCUGCGCCAACUGCCACACCACCAAGACGUCGCUCUGGCGCGGAGGACCGGAGGGCCCCAAGUCCCUCUGCAACGCCUGCGGCAUCCGCUACCGCAAGAGGAGGCAGGCGAUCGGUCUCGACGCAGGAGCGGCCGCCGCCGCCAACUCACAGCAAGAUCUGCAGCAGCCAAAGAAGAAGGCCGCCGUCGAUCCGCAGCAGCAGGACCAGCAUCAGCUGAGAAAGAAGACAACAGCGGUCGCUAAUCCACAGCAGGAUCGGCAUCAGCCGAGAAAGAGAGCAGCUGCCGCUGCCGCUGCCACCGAUCCACAGCACACCAGCAUCACCAAGAAAGACACGGACAAGAAGGAUCAGCAAGUCACCGUGGAUCUCCACGUGGUGGGGUUCGGCAAGGAGGCGACGUUCAAGCAGCGCCGCCGGAUGCGCCACAAUAAGUGCAUGAGCGAGGAGGAGAGGGCCGCUGUUCUUCUUAUGGCGCUCUCAUCGGGCGUCAUAUAUGCAUCAUGAGAAGUCCGCUCUCCUGAUUCCAACUGUUCCGUUGCAGAUGGAGAUAUAGAUCCGCCUUCCCUUCCAUUCAUCAUCCCCCUGCUUCCUAUCCCUAUCUUCCUCUUCCUCCUAGGUCAUCCAUCAGUAGUACUGUAGUGAUAGGUCUAGCUAGACUCUCAUCAAUCAAUCUAUCGCUUGACUCAUCAGUCAAUCUAUCUCUCUAUCUUGAAAAAUUAAUCCAUCCUCUAUCUCUCUCUCUCUCUCUCUCUCUUUUAGUUUUUUUGGGCAAGUUAGUAGUAGCAAUAGCGAAGCCGGACAAGACAAAUCCAUUCAGUCAUGUGAUGUACUUGCUCAGCUGUGUAAUGUAGUAUAAUGCCGUUAUGCA